AUGGAUGGUUUAACAGGAUUUAGUUCAUUAGCUGAAGGAUAUUUAAGACUUGAUCCUAGUCGACCUGAUGAUGAUUUUCUCAAUCUAUCAAUAACUGCUAUGGAUUAUCCAAUUCUUCGUGCACAGGCAUCUCUUGAUCCUAAUAGUACUGAAGCACAAUCACAGCUACAUCGUCCUGGUGAAUCAGAAUUAGAUUAUUAUGAACGUCGUUAUAAGUCUUUCAUGUGGUAUACGUGCACCACGUAA